CAAGGGUGUAUCUCGGGACUAGUGGGUAUUCUAUUUGGUGGGUCUUUGGGAAACACCUUUCUUUCCUUUCUUUCCUUCACAACUCUGUUCUCAUUUCUUUAAUCAGUCUUCUUCUCUAUCUGCUCUCUCCAUGGAAGAUUUAUCUAGAGAUUGGAGCAAGUUUUCGCUCUCAGAGAGGGAAAAUACAGACUUUGCUCUUCCACGAACCCAGAAGGCCAGAACGUUCGUUGUUGCAGCAAAGUUUCUUACAUCUCGCUUCCUAGUUUUGGAGGUGGUGGUACGCACCUUCAAGCAGAUAUGGAGGUCGCAAAAUGGCUUCAAGAUUCGCCACAUUGGCAAUCAUAUAGUUCUAUUUGUCUUCGAUAAUAUCCAAGAUGUGGAAAGGAUCCUUCAAAAUCAGCCUUGGACUUUUGACAAACACCUUGUGGUCCUGAAACGAUAUGAGGAAGGCUCACAGGGGGAGGGUAAUUACUCUAGAAAAUGGUGAAAAAGCUUG